ACUGGAGCCGUAAAGCGCUGCGUUACUUCUCUGCGUUCGGCGCCGUGCGCGAGUUGGAGCCUGCCCUUUGGGGUGGCUGCCGCCGGCCGUGCAGAAGCUGCUGAGAUUAUUGGCGCCGAGGCGCCCUCCCGCGGCUGGGACAUGGCGGCAGAGGAGUCUCAGUACCUGCUGGCUCAUCCUACUACGGACGCUUACCUGAGAGUGCAAAACAAGAAGCUGUACCUGGCCACGUUCGCUGCUGUCCUGGGACCGCUUAGCUUUGGCUUCGUGCUAGGCUAUAGCUCACCUGCUAUUCCAGAGCUGAGGAAAAUUGGCAAUCCGAAAUUACGGUUGGACAGCAAUCAGGCAUCAUGGUUUGGGUCUCUAGUGACAUUAGGAGCUGCUGCUGGAGGAAUACUGGGAGGCUACCUUGUGGAUAAAAUUGGAAGAAAGCUGAGUCUGAUGCUGUGUUCAAUACCAUACGUCUGUGGAUAUAUUGUCAUUAUUUCCGCUCAGAACAUAUGGAUGCUUUAUUUUGGACGAAUAGUAACUGGCUUAGCCAGUGGAAUUACUUCGCUUGUUGUUCCAGUAUAUAUAUCGGAAAUAUCUCAUACAAAUGUUCGUGGUAUGCUUGGCUCUUUUGUCCAGUUGAUGGUGGUGACUGGCAUACUUGGAGCCUACACUGCAGGAAUGAUACUAAAAUGGCACUGGCUGGCAGUAUUAUGUUCUUUUCCACCAUGCGUAAUGCUUUUGUUUAUGUUGUUCAUGCCUGAAACACCAAGAUUUCUGCUGCAUCAGAAGAAACACACAGAAGCGAUAGCUGCUUUACAGUUUCUGCGAGGACCAUUUGUGGACCAUGAGUGGGAAUGCAGGCAAAUUGAAGCUAAUGUUGAGGAGGAGGGACUAAGCCUCUUUGAAUUUAAGAAUCCUUCAAUCUACAGGCCACUUCUUAUUGGUGUGAUUCUGAUGUUUCUCCAGCAAGUAACAGGCAUUAAUGCAGUUAUGUUUUAUGCAGAAACAAUCUUUGAAGAUGCAAACUUCCAGGACAGCAGAAUGGCUUCUGUUGUUGUGGGUUCCAUACAAGUAUGUUUCACUGCUGUGGCUGCACUUAUCAUAGAUAAAACCGGAAGAAAAGUGCUGCUUUAUGUGUCUGGGAUAAUCAUGGCUCUCAGUACUGCAUUGUUUGGGUUUUACUUUAAAAUGGUCCUUCCAAAUGGGAACAACUCAUCAAAUGCUGAUCUGUUGUUCACUUUCAACUCAGUAUCUCCAGGAACAGAAACUAGACUAUCCUGGCUUGCAGUAGUAAGCUUAGGACUCUUUGUUGCUGGUUUUGCCCUUGGCUGGGGUCCAGUUCCAUGGCUGGUAAUGUCUGAAAUCUUCCCCCUUAAAGCAAGGGGCAUAUCAAGUGGUACCUGUGUGUUAACAAACUGGGCUAUGGCCUUUUUGGUGACCAAGGAAUUUCACGAUUUUAUAGGUUUCUUAACAUCCUAUGGGACAUUCUGGCUCUUCUCUGCCUUCUGCUGCCUCAGUGUGAUAUUUGCAGCCUUUUAUGUUCCUGAAACAAAAGGACGGACCCUGGAACAGAUUGAGGCCUACUUCAGAAAAUCUUAAAUCUCAGGCUUUUGCUGAUGUGAAUCCUUUACAUCAUUAUUUGUGGUGCUGUUGCUAAAACUAACUGUGUCACAUGGUAGACAGUCACACAACUUCCUCUACAAUUGUUUUAACUAAUUUUGUAAAAUCUACUUUUUUUUUUUUUUUUUACCCCCCCCAUCCAGAAAUCUAUAGGUAUUUGCAUACACUUGAUUAUCACUGUAUACUCAUUGUACUGUAACUUAGUUGUGUAGGUCUUGGACAUGCAAGUUUUUUUUAAUUACUGUUCAUUGGGUUUGUUUGUUUUUCCUGACCUGGUGCAGACGGACAGCAGUGACCAGGAAAAAAUGUUAAAUGUAUUGUCUACUGUCUUUUUUGCUAAUAGGUAAAUUAAGAUAUAAUUUUAAAAAUAAUGAAAAAAUUUAUUGUCCCCCUUCGCAUUUCCCUACAUAUGUUACAAUGAAGAAAUUUAUGCUACAGUCAGGACUUUAAUUUUGGAUUGCUGUAACUUUUCCUUUACGUGUGUUACUGCUUCUGCAUCUGGGAAACCUGCCAAUAGAAUAAGUCUUGAUCCAAAGUGUAAAUAGACAAAGGCUAGGUGCUAGUGUUAAGAUGGCAUUAUUUCUCCUACAGAGGUCAAGUAUCUAGGACUGCAUUUAAAUCACAGGACAGGUUAUUGCUCUCAGCAGGAUGUAUUUUAGCAUUUCAUUUUCAGAAGGAAAGAACAGAUCGCGUAGACUGAGAAACUAUACCCUUUGCCACAAAAAAAGAGGAAAUUCUCUUUUAUAGUGUUAACUUGAGGGGUAAAAAUCAACCACUGGAGAAGGUCUGAGUCUUAACAACACCCAGAAACAAACCAAUCCUAGACUGUUCUUGGCAAAGAGGAAUAGAGCUUAUGGCCAAUCUCAUGAGUCUAAGAGUCCUUAAAUGAACAACAGGUUUAAAACAUUUCUAGAGAACUAUAGUAAUCCCUGAACCAAAUUUAGAAAAGCCCUGCAAGUUUGAAAGAAAGAACUGAUGUAAAAUUUAUUACAUAUGAAGAAGUAAAUCACUUCUUCCUCCUCCACAAUAACAAUAAAUUGCACUUAAAACAUUUCCAGCUGUGACAGGAAUGUUUCUAUUUAGAUGCUACAUCUAAAACACAAAGCAUAUGCACUAUCACAUGACAUUAAACACAAUGGUAAUACACUGGCAUUUAAGACAAGUGGUAGUAAAGAGGUUUUGAUCACAGACUCAGCAUCUGUCUUAACACGGCAGUUACUAAAUUACAAAACAGCCCACUAACAUUCAAAGUCUCUGUUAAAACUGACAUUGAACGUUGAUUACAAUUUCUUGCAAAAACCUUUAGAGACAUUUCCAUCCAACCAGUUAAAUAUGUAAUAGAGCUAUAAAUAAAUAAGAGAAAAAUAAUCUCAGUUUUUUCCGUCAGAUCAUUAAUCUAAUAUAAUUUUCAAUAGCAAAGAAGUAGUCAGUCAGUUGCAGGUGUGCAACAACAAAGUGAAGCAUCUAGACAUUAAGCAGACUGGUGAAAUGGCUGUGAUCAAUUGUAGUAACAGUAUCCGUACUUUUUAUCCUGUGUGCUUGCUGCAUACUGUCACAGAAGCUUCCUCAUAUUGUUAAUGCAGUGUAUUUAGUUCUCAGAGUAUAACCCGUUUCCCCACAAAAUCAGGCUGUGCUUGGAUUUCUGAGAAAAGUGCUUUUAGAGAAUUAGCAAGCACUGGGCACAUGACAUCAAAGUUGUUAAUAAUGACACUAUUCAGUAUGACACACACAUGUAUAUACACAUGUUAAAACAUCCAAACUGAAAAGACUAUGUCUCAAACGCAGACUAAGCCAAAAGCUCUGGGGAAGCUCUUGCAUCUGCAAAUGCAAGUCAUAAAUGCACAUUUUUAGAAAGGCCUGCAGGAGUUUGUGGCUUAUCUAAAGACACCUACAACAACAGAGAGGAAAGGGCAGGCACAGCAACCUUAGGUGUACAUAACAGUGCUAUGCUUCUUGUGGGUGCAAUCUAACCUGUUAUUUGCCUUACUAAGAACUGUUUUAACAUUUAUUCAGUUGACCAUCCAAAAAUACUUUGAAUCAAGAAAUACUUUGAAAUUUGAAUCUAUCAGUCAAUCACAAAUGCUUGCAUACUUGCAUAUGUAUAGAAAGUCACAUGAAAGCAGACAGCAGAAUUGCGACUCAUUCUGGGUGCCAGCUGACAUCCAGUCAUGCAUUUCAAAAACAAACGUAACAAACAAACAAC